AUGCUGCCGUCGCUCGGCAGCCUGCAGCGGGAGCGGGCGCUCCUCACCGAGGUCCUGCGCUCUUCGCCUGCCAGCUCGCCCGCUCCGUCGCCGGCCUCUCGGCCGCGCCCCGCGCCGGUGCCGCCGAAGGCGGAGCCCGCGGGCGCGGCUGCAGGGCGCAGCCUCUCGCGGUGGUCGCGAGGGGACGGCCUCCAGCACCUGCCCCGGGAGCUGCUCGCGGACAUCGCGGAGAAUUUCCUCGAGUCGCCGGUGUGGCACCUCUGCCAGCUCGGCGCCGCCGCGCCGCGGCUGGGCCAGGUGUUCAUGGACGAGGAAGUGGAUACGGACACGUCAGCGUAG